AUGGCAAACUCAAAGACCAGAAUGACUACUGAUGAUGCUGCACGAGCAUUAGGGGAUGAGUACCAAGUAUUCCUGAGUUUUAGAGGACCUGAUACUCGUCAUGGAUUCAUAGACUUCCUCUAUCAUGACUUGGUAGAUGCUGGAGUUCGCGUAUUCAGGGACGAAGAUGAACUCCAUGUUGGUGAAGUCAUUGGUGAGAACCUUCUACGUGCUAUCAAUAGUUCCAGAUUUUAUGUACCAAUCUUCUCGAGGACUUAUGCUUCCAGUAAAUGGUGUCUCCGUGAGCUUGCCCACAUAGUAGACAAUGUGUCUAAGUCCAAUGUUGAAAAAAGUAUCCUUCCUAUAUUUUUUGACGUGGAACCUGAGGAUAUUAAACUUAAGACUCCACUAUAUAACGAUGCUUUUUUGGAGCACGAGAAGAGGUUUCUUGACGAAGUCCAGGCAUGGAAAAAAGCUCUUGCACAGGUAGAUGAAAUCAAGGGAUGGAAUAUGAAAAAGGAUCAAAGGGGAUACAACGUUGUCCUGUGA